GCGGCAUGCUCCGGGAUCGUCCUGGAGAACAGGCGGCGCGGUUAGGUCUUGGCUUCAGAGAGCCUGAGGUCUGAUGGAGGGAGCUAAAGGAGAGGGGCCGGCUGGAGACGGCGCCAUGGAGAACAGCGUGGAGCAUCCUCGGCAGCAGGACCACCUCAUUCGGGAUGGGGACUUUGUGGUGCUGAAGAGAGAGGACGUGUUCAAAGCCGUGCAGGUGCAGCGGAGAAAAAAAGUUACUUUUGAGAAACAGUGGUUUUUUUUGGAUAAUGUCAUUGGACAUAGUUAUGGAACUACAUUUGAAGUAUCCAGUGGUGGGAAUCUUCAACCCAAGAAGAUGAUGGAAGAGAUCACUUCAGAAACUAAAGAAGCUGGUAUUGAUAAUCGAAAUAUAGUUGAUGAUGGAAAGUCUCAGAAACUUACUCAAGAUGACAUAAAAGCUUUGAAGGACAAGGGCAUUAAAGGAGAGGAAAUUGUUCAACAGUUAAUUGAAAAUAGUACAACAUUCCGAGAUAAGACAGAAUUUGCCCAGGAUAAAUAUAUAAAGAAGAAGAAGAAAAAAUAUGAAGCAAUCAUUACUGUUGUGAAGCCAUCUACCCGUAUUCUUUCAAUUAUGUAUUAUGCAAGAGAACCUGGAAAAAUUAACUACAUGCGAUAUGACACACUGGCCCAGAUGUUGACCUUGGGAAAUAUCCAUGCUGGCAAUAAAAUGAUUGUAAUGGAAACUUGUGCAGGCUUGGUGCUGGGUGCUGUAAUGGAGCGGAUGGGGGGUUUUGGAUCAAUCAUUCAGAUGUACCCGGGAGGUGGUCCUGUUCGAGCAGCAACAACUUGUUUUGGAUUUCCAAAAUCUUUCUUUAAUAGUCUUUAUGAAUUCCCCCUUGGCAAAGUGAACUGUCUUCUAAAUGGAACAUUUUCUUCCAAAGCUUUGCCUCCAGAGUCCAAAGACAGUAUCUCAGUAGAAGAAAACAAUGGCACUCUUCUUGAUGACCUACAGACUUCUCCAAAGGAGAUGGAAGAAAGUAUUGUUGAAGUUAUAGAAAACAACCAUCCUCAACAAGAGACAAUGGAAGUUAUUUCUCAAGAGCCAGAAUACAAGGAGCACAAAGAAAGAGGAAAUAAAAAAGACUAUAUUCAAGAAUUGCAAAGAAAACAAGAACAACAGAAGAAAAGACAGAUAGAAGCUGCUACUCUAUUGAAUGAAAGAAAUGCAGAUGGUUUAAUUAUAGCCAGUCGAUAUCACCCAACUCCACUGGCUCUUUCUUUGCUGGAAUUUGUUGCUCCUUCAAGGCCUUUUGUUGUCUACUGUCAUUAUAAAGAGCCACUGGUAGAGUGCUAUACAAAAUUAAGAGAAAGAGGAGGAGUUAUUAAUCUCAGGCUAUCAGAAACCUGGCUCAGAAAUUACCAGGUUCUGCCAGAUCGAAGUCAUCCCAAAUUGAUGAUGAGUGGAGGUGGAGGUUAUCUUCUCUCAGGCAUCACUGUUGCCAGUGAUAAACAAAAAUCAGAGUCCUGUGUAUUAGAGUUACAAAAGACUGAAGAGCCAACAGCUAAAAAGCGAAAAGUUCAGGAGUCUGACUCAACUCUUGAAGAUCUACCUUGAUUUUACUUCCAAGGAUUCUUUGAAUUAUCAAUUCACAUUCUUAACAUGCCAUUACCAAUUUGCUCCUUGGUACCACAAGAGCAUGUUUACACAGCCAUUCUUGGAAACCUGGAUGUGUUAAUGUAUUUUAAAGAAGCUUUUCCCAGUUAACACCUGGCUAUUGGGAAGGAAAAAAAAUUCUCCAACCCACUUUAUGGACAAAGGUGUCGGAUCUACUCUGGCAUGAAGGUGCUGGGAAAAGCAAAGCCUUUUGGCAUGAAAUGGAAUUAAGUUCGACUUAACUAAGAUCACUUCUGUGUCUUAAAAGUGUGUCAAUUAGUGUCUUAAAAAUUCAGAUAAAAUAAGAAAAAGAAUCCCAACACAUUUUGUAUAUAAGACUCAACUUGGUUUUAACUAAUUGAAAAUUCUUUAGUCAUAUGCACAUACAUGUGUAUUUGAAAGGAUUUAUGGAAGAAAAGUUUAAGCAAUAUGGGAGGUUUUAUAUAAUUUGCAUACCAAAUAUUUACUAUGUCUCUCCAGUGGUAUUAUGUACAUUUUAAAAUUGCAUUGGUUUUUAUUAUUUUUAAUAUUUGACAACUUGAAGUUGUGAAUUUUUGUUUUAUUGCUAUCUAUCAUGGUAUAUGGAAGGGUCGUGGUGGGGUUACUUAGUUUUUGUUAAUUUUCAAAAGACUUUCAUUCUCCAUUUCCAAUAAAACUAUUCUAUUUUUUCUCUCAGUUAAGGGGAUUUUUUUGUAUAUGGUUUUGUUUUUGUUUUUGUUUUCAUGAGGGAUCUCUUUCUUAUAAAGGGGCAAAUGGGCCGUCAGUACUUGAGGUGUGACAAUAAAAUAAUGAGACUUUUUCACAUGAUUUAUAAAACUAGUCUCAUCUAGUUUCUCACCUCAACCUGAUACAUUUUAAAGAGUCUUCUGUUUCAAGACUAUAAAUUAAUGUAGUCUGAGGUGUGACAAUAAAAUAAUGAGACUUUUUCACAUGAUUUAUAAAACUAGUCUCAUCUAGUUUCUCACCUCAACCUGAUACAUUUUAAAGAGUCUUCUGUUUCAAGACUAUAAAUUAAUGUAGUCAGUGAUGGUCAUGAUGCCAGUUUGCUGAGCCUUAGCAUAAUUAGGUAGUUAGAUUUUUAAAAUUUUUAAUAAAUUGGCCUUGAUUUCAUUAUUCAUUUGCAACUGAAGAAAGGUUUUCAGAUUAUGCCCAAGACAGAUGAUUUGUAUUCAGAGUUUUUGAAUAUGUUUGUUGACAUGGUGUGGUUAUUAAUAUUUAUUCAAAUAUUAAUAAUUUAUUAUUAAUGUUAUCUUACUGUGAAAUUCUCAUGGGAAAAAGAGUUAGAGGAUAUUCAUGAUCAGCCUUAUGUUAUUUAAACUAGAUCUGUACUUUGUAUUCUGAUAAUGGCAAAUGAUAAUUAUUGACAAAUACACAUCUUGUUAUUUUUAUCUUAGCCAGCUAUGCAUUUCAUACUGAAACUUAGCUCACAGUAAAUCUAUGUUUUUCUAAUGCCACUAUCUGAGUACAUUGUGAAACAUGGGCUAUAAUGAACAGAGAAGACAUUUGUCUGGUUAGAGAUUCCAGUCCUACAAGUAUUAUUAAUUGUCUGCUCUGUGCAAGGUCCUGUGCGACGUAAUAAGGGUACAAAGACAAAACAAAAUACAGUUCCUGACCUCAAAGAACUUAAUUCUACUGGAAUGUAUUGUUAUUGUUAACUUGCAGACAUGGUUCAUAAAUCUAACGGGUGAGAUUAUAGUAACCUAUUACACAAUGACUGUCUUUUUAAAAUUAUUUAUUUACUUCUUUUGUAAUCAUUUAUUAUCUCUUCCUCCCACUGCUCUCCCUGCUUCCCCAAUUGAACAAUUAAAAAAGCACGAACAAUAAAACAUUCAUAACAAACGUAUCUAGUCCAGCUAAAUGAUUCCACAUGGAUCACAGGCAAAAGUUUAUGUCUCCUUUUUUCAUUUUAAGUCUGUCACAUUUCUGGCAAGAGGUGGGUGGCAUGUUUCAUCUUUAGUGUUCUGGACUAAUGGUUUAUCAUCACACUGGUCAUAGUUCUAAAGUCUUGCAAAAGAUUUUUACCCUCUCUAUGAUGUUGUCCUUGUAUAAAUUCUCUUGGUUCUGCUCAUUUCACUUUGCUUCAGUUCAGCUCAUAAAGGUCUUCCCAGUUUCCUUUGAAGCUCUCCAUUUCAGCAUUUGUUAUGAUACAGUAUUUUGCCUUCAUAUACCAUGAUUUAUCUAGCCAUUCCCUAAUAGAAGGGUACCCUCUUGGUUUCCACUUUGGGG